AUGGAGCUCAUUGUAGGCUUACUUCUCUUAACGGCCUCGCUUCUACCGUGUAAAGCACAAGGUUCCAGUGCUGUGACUCCUGUGUUUGUGAAGAAGGGAGAGGAAGUGCUUCUGAAGAUAAUGAAAGCUGAUGGGCUACAGAAAUUUUCUUUUUUUUCCUGGAAAUUUAAUGCAAGUGAUAUUUUAGUAACACUUACUCCUAAAGCUGAACCAGAAAUCUAUCCCAGGUACACUAAAAGGAUUGAGUUUUCUGUGGAAAAUUACUCUGUGAAACUGAAGAAUCUACAAAAGACAGACAGCGGAGUUUAUACUGCACAUGUGUUUAAGAUUCCACAAGAAGUAAAAGUAGCUGAAUACAACGUCACAGUUCAAGAUCCAGUGUCUCCAGUUGACCUGACAGUGGACUCUGUGUCCAACAGCUCAGACUCCUGUAAGGUCACUGUGACCUGCAGAACACAGGACGCUCACAUCAACAGCACUUUUAGAUGUGACACCCAGACCUGCAGUCAGGAGGGAGGAGAGCAAUCAAAGGUCACAACCUCUGGUGCUUCUCUCAAAGUCUACCUGGACCAGAAUGGCUCAAUCAUCUGUAACCAUAGCAACCAGGUCAGCUGGACCGAGAACAAAGAAAUAAUUGAACAUUCCUGCCCUCGACAUGACGAUGUUAAACAACCACUCAAAGAUUUUGCUGGCACUGUGAUUGCUGUGGUGGUCUCACUACUUUUUAUUCUCAUCAUCAUGAUUGUUGCAGCAGUUGUUUAUCAUCGAAAGAGAGGAAAAUAUAACAGAGAGAGCAUCGAAAAUACAGUUUAUGAAGUUCCUCAGACUGCAGCUACAGCCCAAACACCAGUUCAAAGGCCGACGCGUGAUGUUUCAGAGCUUUCUCCAACCUCCACAUACUGCUUGGUGGGGCCUCACACUGGAACUGUGGAAUCCACAGAGACUAGAGACAAACCUCUGCCAGAGAGCCUGUAUGCUCAGGUGGAAAAGCCGGCCAAGCCCUUAAAAAAAUAAUCAGGAAUUGUAUUUCACAGUCUGCACUUGCCGCAGUUUCUAGUUUGUAUUUAAAUGUUGCCCAAGCUGUCGAUGUUUGCGUUUACCUGACCUGCACCGGUAUGAAUAGACUGUAAAACAAUGCAUUCCACACAUUCAGAAGUUGCUCUCUGUGUCAGCUCAGCCAGAGAGAGACUCUCAUGUUCAACAGGCCCCAAAAUGUGGAAACAUUUGAAGGAGUUUUGGGUGUGUGCACUGGUGAGGACAUUUCCUUUCAAUGACUGAAGCACCAAUAUGGAACCACUGAACACUGACAAUAAUUCUCCGAUACGGUCAAGAUCAAUUUGGAAAAAGUGAGAAAAAGUGAACAAAUUUUAGUUACCCCUGGAAGUUCAAACUUGAGUAUCUGGGGUUGAGCCUUUUAUCUCACUUAUUCACCUGUUCAGACGUUAAACUUAGCCUGUAUUACAGUAAAAAUGCAGUGCAGAAGUACUGCAACCAUUAUAAGACACACAGGAACCUCGCUGCAGUGACCACCUUUGAAACUCAGCUCACAUGGUCUAAAAGCUUCAGAAGAAGAUCAUGAAUUUUGUGUCUAAAAAUGAUGGACAAAAUGAUGUCUCCUUCUUUAACAAGCCGUAGAUUACAGAAUGUAAAUGUGACUUUCAAGGUCUCACAUGAUUAUUGUGAUUUGAAGUGAUGUGCUGCAGGAUUUUUGUAUUAUUUUAUUGUAUUUUUUUAUGUUAUUCUUUAAGCUAUGUAAUAAAUGUGUGCUAUGUGGCAUAACUUUCAGCUAAUAGUAUCACAACCAAAGAUUGGGCCAUCGGAACAAAAUUACAUUUUCUUUACUGUUUAUUGUUUUUUUCUGAAGACUUGAAUUAAUUUAUUUUUGUGUGUUUACACCAUGUGUUUUGUUCAACAUGAGGCAAAUUAGUAAAACUAUAUAU